AUGUUGGUUCUCCCCGCACCUAACGACGAUAGACGGGUUGAGUUUGUGGCUCUUACCGCCGUUCAUACGGAGAGGAGUGAACCAUCGACCCCGGAGCGCGUGCACCCUUCUCACCGCACCGGGCUCCUCGGUACCCCGCUGCCCGGGCGUCUUGGACCCCGGGCGACCACCUCAGCCUCCAGCAAGCGCUACAGAAAGUUUCAGAACUUCUUGUACAACGUACUGGAAAGACCACGAGGAUGGGCAUUCAUCUACCAUGCGUUCAUUCAGACAACCAGCCACUCCUCGUCCUCCAGUCAGACAGCCAGCCACUCCUCGUCCUCCAGUCAGACAGCCAGCUACUCCUCGUCCUCCAGUCAGACAGCCAGCCACUCCUCGUCCUCCAGUCAGACAGCCAGCCACUCCUCGUCCUCCAGUCAGACAGCCAGCCACUCCUCGUCCUCCAGUCAGACAGCCAGCCACUCCUCGUCCUCCAGUCAGACAGCCAGCCACUCCUCGUCCUCCAGUCAGACAGCCAGCCACUCCUCGUCCUCCAGUCAGACAGCCAGCCACUCCUCGUCCUCCAGUCAGACAGACAGCCAGCCACUCCUCGUCCUCCAGUCAGACAGACAGCCAGCCACUCCUCGUCCUCCAAAAAUAAAAGUUGCACACCCUCAAUACUCCUGCCUGCCCUGUUUGUUAUGGACGAGGAGAUUGGGUCGUCAGCGUUUCCUGCUGGUGUUCAGCUGUCUGGUUCUAUCUGUGUUCUCCACCAUACCAGACCAUCAAAAGAUAGCCAACGAAGGCCUCUUCAUCCUGGAGUUUGUGAUGAUCGUGGUGUUUGGUCUGGAAUACGCUGUGAGGGUUUGGGCAUCUGGCUGCUGCUGUCGCUACAGAGGAUGGCAGGGGAGACUACGCUUCGCCAGGAAACCCUUCUGUGUCAUAGACUUCAUAGUGUUUGUGGCGUCGUUGGCGGUGAUCGCAGCGGGUACCCAGGGGAACAUAUUUGCCACCUCUGCCCUGCGCAGCAUGAGGUUCCUCCAGAUCCUCCGGAUGGUACGCAUGGACAGACGAGGAGGCACCUGGAAACUACUGGGCUCUGUGGUCUAUGCCCACAGCAAGGAGCUCAUUACAGCGUGGUACAUUGGUUUCCUGGUCCUGAUCUUUGCCUCCUUCCUGGUUUACCUGGCAGAGAAGGAUGUCAACACAGAGUUCAACACCUACGCAGACUCCCUCUGGUGGGGAACGAUUACUCUCACCACCAUCGGCUAUGGUGACAAAACACCCCGCACCUGGUUGGGCCGACUCUUAGCUGCCGGCUUCGCGCUCCUGGGUGUGUCCUUCUUCGCCCUUCCUGCUGGUAUCCUGGGGUCAGGCUUUGCUCUGAAGGUGCAGGAGCAGCACAGACAGAAGCACUUUGAGAAGAGGAGGACUCCUGCUGCCAACCUUAUACAGGCUGCUUGGCGUCUGUACUCUACUGAUGCUCAGCACUCCUACCUGACAGCCACUUGGUACUUCUAUGACAGCAUGCUUCCAUCCUUCAGAGAACUGACACUACUGUUCAGUCACCUUCAGCGACGGCGUAGCGCCAAGAAUGUCCUUCACAACUCCCACAACACCCUGCUGUCCGGGCUACAGCCCUACAGCUCCCCCUACCUGUCAGGGGACAGCAGCAAAAUGGGAUUCCGGGACAGGAUGCGUCUGAACAACUCCCGUUCGUCCCAGGCGAGCCGGAACAAGGCAUCCCCGCUCCCUCCCGGGACGAGUGUCCGCCAGUCGCCCAGCACGGACAAUGUCCCAGAAGCCACCAGUCCCGGAAAGGUGCAGAAGAGCUGGAGCUUCAACGAUCGCACGCGGUUCCGCACCUCCCUACGACUCAAACCCAGACCUCCUGCAGACGUGGAAGGAGUAGGGGAGGACAGUGUUGAAGACAAACCAUAUUGUGAUGUUGCCAUGGAGGAGGUGAUCCCAGCAGUGAAGACCUUGAUACGGGCUGUUAGGAUUCUGAAGUUCCUGGUGGCCAAGCGGAAAUUUAAGGAGACUCUGCGUCCAUACGACGUGAAGGACGUCAUAGAGCAGUACUCUGCUGGACACCUGGACAUGCUGGGGAGGAUCAAGAGUCUACAAUCCAGAGUGGAUCAGAUAGUGGGUCGUGGAUCGUCCUACCAGCCAGAUAAUAAGAAGGUGAGGAGUGAGAAGGGAGAGAAGACCCCUCCAGAACUAGACCUUAUGGACGAGCUCAGUAUGAUGGGACGUGUCAUCAAGGUGGAGAAACAGGUGCAGUCGAUAGAGAACAAGCUGGACCUCCUUCUUAACUUCUACACACAGUGUCUGAAGAAAGGCUCCUCCAACUUCACCUUGUCCUCUCUGUUAGAACCAGACCUGAUGUCGGACUACCACAGCCCCACAGACCAUCGUGACCUUUUCCCCUCCGCCAACACACUCAACAUCUCCCACUCAGAGUCCAGCAACAUAAAGUGACUGGUAUUGUACUCACUGACUGAGGCUGGGGCUGAGUCUGGGAAUGAACUGGGUCCACCGCUAGACCCUCACCACAAUGACCCUGAGAUGUCAUGUCACAAUACUGGACUGUAGCAGCACCCCUGGAGCAACCCACUAUGCCCAUAGCUCUUCCCACUAAUCACCAAACCAAUUUGAUUCCUAACUUUGGAGGUCUGACUCCUUUAGGAAUUCACAGUCCACACCUUAGGACCCACCCUUUUUACCAUUGACUGAUCCUCAUCUUUAAUAAUUUCUCCCUCCACAUACACUACAUGGCCAAAAGUAUGUGGUCAACCCUUCAAAUUAGUGGAUUCGGCUAUUUCAGCCACACCCAUUGCUGACAGGUGUAUAAA